GUCACAUUUCCUGGUAUGAAAGUGAAAGCUUGUCUGAGCGACAGCAGCUGCAGUCGAGACAAGUCUCUCUGUUUCUCUCUAAAGAAACAUUCAACUGAAUCCAGCAGCUUUUUAUCAACAACACAGCAGAAUCUCUGCCAAACACUGAGUGUAGAUAUGUCUGCUGCCAGCUGUUUGCUGACUGAAGAUCAGUUCCUGUGCUCCAUCUGUCUGGAUGUGUUCACUGAUCCAGUCAGCACACCAUGUGGACACAACUUCUGUAAAACCUGCAUCACUCAACACUGGGAUGUUAAGGUCCCGUUUCAGUGUCCCAACUGUCAGGAGAUCUUCUACUCUAGACCUGAGCUGCAGGUCAAUACUUUCAUCUCUGAGAUGGCUGCUCAUUUCAGACAGUCAGCUCAACAGAAAGCCAGCAGCAGCAGCUCAGAGCAACAAGCUCCCAAACCAGGAGAAGUUCCCUGUGACGUCUGCACUGGAACCAAACUGAAGGCCCUGAAGUCCUGCCUGGUGUGUCUGGACUCCUACUGUGAGACUCACCUGGAGCCUCAUCUGACAACUUCAGGUCUAAAAAGACAUCAGCUGAUCGACCCUGUGGAGAACCUGGAAGGCAGGAUGUGUACGAAGCACGAUAAACUGCUGGAGCUGUUCUGUAAGACCGACCAGAUGUGUGUCUGCAUGCUCUGCACUGUUUUAGACCACAAGACACAUGAUGUUGUUCCUCUGAAAGAAGAAUAUGAAGGAAAGAAGGCCGAGCUGGGGAAGACAGAGGCUGAAAUUCAGCAGAUGAUCCAGAAGAGACAACUGAAGAUUCAGGAGAUGAAACACUCAGUGGGGCUCAGUAAGGAAGAUGUAGACAGAGAGAUAGCAGAUGGUGUUCAGGUCUUCACCGCUCUGAAGGAGUCUGUUGAGAGAAGCCAGGCCGAGCUCAUCGACACGAUCAAAGAGAAGCAGAGAAAGACAGAGAAACAGGCUGAAGGCUUCAUUAAAGAGCUGGAACAGGAAAUCUCUGAGCUGAAGAAGAGAAGCACUGAGGUGGUGCAGCUCUCACACUCUGAAGACCACCUCCACCUCCUCCAAAGCUUCACAUCCCUGAAUGCUGCUCCACCCACCAAGGACUGGACAGAAGUCAGCAUCCAUCGACCUUCAUAUGAGGGGACUGUGAGGAGAGCUGUGAAUCAGCUGGAGGAGACACUCAGUAAACAGAUGAAGAAGUUGCUCGCUGAGGCGAAGCUGAAGAGGGUCCAGCAGUCUGCAGUGGAUGUGACACUUGAUCCUGAUACAGCACAUCCCAAACUCAUCCUGUCUGAUGAUGGAAAACAAGUAAACUGUGGUGAUGUAAAGAAGAAUCUCCCAGACAACCCAGAGAGAUUUGAUAGAGGUGCUUGUGUCUUAGCAAAGCAGAGUUUCUCUUCAGGAAGGUUUUACUACGAGGUUCAGGUUAAAGGGAAGACUAAGUGGGAUUUAGGAGUGGCCAGAGAGUCGAUCAACAGGAAGGGAUUAUUCACACUGACUCCUCAGGAUGGUUACUGGACAAUAUGGUUGAGGAGUAAAAAUGAGUACAAAGCUCUUACUGACCCUCUAGUCCGUCUCUCUCUGGAGUCUCAGCCUGAGAAGGUGGGGGUCUUUGUGGAUUAUGAGGAGGGUCUGGUCUCCUUUUAUGAUGUUGAUGCUGCAGCUCUUAUCUACUCCUUUACUGGCUGCUCCUUCACUGAGAAACUCCACCCAUACUUUAGUCCCAGUCUUAACGAUGGUGGUAAAAACUCUGCCCCUCUCAUCAUCUCUCCUGUCAAUCACACUGAGUAGAACAACCAUUUGAUAUUCUACAGAAAUAUUCUCCAUCAUUUAAUGUAAUGAAUGUAUAUUAUUGGUGGUUUAGGGUGAAUACAUUGUUGAUUCAUCAGAUUCUGAUCAAUGAUUUUUUUUUGAUUUUUUUUGUAAAUGUUUUUCUUUGAUCUCUCACAUUGCUACUUACAACUACUACACACAGACUAUACAGCACUGAUUGAUAUUAUCUAAUGUAGUUGAAUUUAUUUUAAUAACUGCAUUACUGCAAGACUUAAAUCAUCAGAAAACAAUGAGCCUCUUUCCACAACCGUUGUUGAGAAGAAAUUUCUUCUUAAAACCCUCAUGCAGUUUUCACAAAGUUUCUGACAUUCACUGAUGUUUUCUUGUUUUGGAUUUGUUGUAGAGCAGAAUCUACGCAAGGAGCAGGCUCACGCACAUUUGAGUGCUGACAUAUUUGUGCAAAAUAAUUAGUUAUUGCGUUUUCUUCAAUUCUACAGUUGCAUAACAUAGGUUUCAAAUUACAUUAAUAUUUGUUUUUAUAAUUUUUAAAAAUUAUUUUCAUUAUUUUACAAAGCAUUACGGUCUUUUAAAAUCAGUAAAUCCUAAACCAAUAAUUCAACACUGAACACGUAAUUGCAUAAAAUGCAUAAUCUUGUUGAUAUUUUUUUAUCCACAUCUGACCUGAUGCGACUAGAUAUGACCUAUAUUUUAUUCCUACAGAAGUACCUCCACUUCAGAGCUAUUGAAAAAUAUUUUUUAAAGUUUGUUUUAGUAGUAGUAAUAGAAGUAGUCGUAGUAAUAGCAGAUGGUCAGUAGUAACGAUUUAUUUUGGUUCUUAUUGACAAUUUUCACAAAAAGAGUGCACAUAAAAAUUAACAAAUAACAAUAAGACGUUAAAUUAAGGGAAAACAAAAAACUACUGACUGAAAAGGUGUAGGAUGAAGCUUAUUAUACUUACCUAGUCAGCCUCAACCCUUUCACUACUAGGUUUACAGAAACUAAAACAAAGUUUGAAACAUUUCACAUCGGCUCUCUCUAAUUUCUAACAACCUCUGAAUACAGUCAGGAGGCAGAUUAUUUUGUGCUUUGUACAUUAUCUCUGCAGUGUUAAGAUCAACUAGAUCACAAACCUUUAAAGCUUGUAAGUUAAUGAAUAGUGCGUUGGUUGGUUCGUUAUAAUCAGAUCGAUUUACAAUUAUUACAGCUCUCUUCUGUAGCGUGAACAUUGGAUCAGUGUUGGUUUUGUAUGUGUUUCCACAAACCUCCACACAGUAGGUAAUAUAUGGAACUGUGAGAGAACAAUACAUUACAUAUAGUGAGUUCUGAUUUAACAUGUCUUUAGUUUUAUAUAAUACUGCAGUGUUUUUAGACAUGUAUGUUUUAACAUUAUUGAUGUGCGGUUUCCAACAUAAUUGAUGAUCACAUGUUUUUUCAUACACUCUUUCUAUUUCAACAUGAUUUUUACUUGAUUAUUGAUUUGCAUAUUACCCAAUAUUAUAAACUUUGGUCCGGUGCUCCACCCUCUUUAGACUUUCCUUUGGCCGUUCUUGACUUAAUUCUCUCUUUUUAAUCUCUGUGUGCACACGGCCCUGCAGUCUCACGCCCUUUUAUGGGGAUUGGCAGGUCGUACCUGCUAAUCAGGAUCGACUGGUAAGAGUCUUCAACUAACAAGGAAAUGGGCUUCAUAGUUAUAAGAACACAGGUACAAACCAAUCUGCAGUUUAAGGCCCUGUCUAUGCGUAUACACACAUUUUUAAAAACAGAUUAUUGUCCUCUACGUUUUGGCCUCUCGUCCACACACAAACAGAGUUUUGGGACACAAAAAUGGAUAUUUAUGAAAAUGUCUUCUAAGGUGCAGAUUUUUAAAAACUCUGGUUUCUUUGUAUCUGUGUGGACGUGUAAAACGGAAUAUUUGUGAAACGAUUACGUUUGUUUGCACUGCUCGGACUACUUACUACUUUACAUUUGAAACAUGAUCCAGUCACAGGAGGCCAAAGCAGGAACACAUUAAACAUGUGGAGGCUGAAUAGUGAUUGAAUGAGCUUUUGGGCAAUUGAAGGCAAGGUUUGGAGCACUCAGAAGGGCGAUGGACAUAAACCUGAAUGACCUCCCUUUCCUCAUUGAUGCAUGUAAAGAGACAGUUGAUGACAGCAGAGUGAUGACAGGAAUCCCAGCCUCCUCCACCAACAAUAACUGUUAUCCAACUGACUGAAAUGAAGCCGAAGAUAGAGAGAGAGAGAAGGCUGGUAACAGAAUUACUUGACCCUUAACUUGUGAUCUCACUUGUGGUGACAUGUAAAUAUUACGGCCAGUGUUUGGAGUCGUUUUUGCAUUCGAGUGUGGACGGAGAUAUUUUGUAAAACAAAGGUCGUGUGGAUAGAUUUUUUUUUAAACGGAGGUGAAAAUAUCUGUUUUUAAUAACAUCUGUAUACAUGUACACAGGGCCUACGUCGUGAAUCUGACGUAGACUUUUCUUAGGACCUUUGUUAAGAAGAAAUUGAAGAAAAAACUGAGGAAGAAAUUGGUGAAUAAGGCCCAACGUUCCUCAUAUAUAAGAAGCAUUUGCUCGUUCCUUAAAUGUCUGGGUGCCAAAUUAAGAACUUUUUAUUGUCUGAUCAUUGUAUAUAUAAUAAAUGUUGCAUAUUGGCACAAAUUACUGGGUAAAGUAAAGCAAACCUUAUUAUUUUUUACUAAGAGUCUUUUCAAAAUAAGGUGUUUUAGGGUUUUAUUUUUUACGAUUUCAAAUUAAUGUACACAAGGGAUCUCUGUCUGGUGUGUUUUUAGGGGUAAAUAAAGGAUUAAUUCUUGAUUCAUAUUGGUAGAAAAGAAAUCAAUGAAAUGUGAUCAUAAAACAUUCAGCUGCAGUGGUUUUACACAUCAGAGAAAAAUAAAUGUUUUGUCUCAACCGUCUGUUGCAUUUUCAUUUCAUAUUGUCCACCUCUCCGCAGACUGUUUGUAUAACCUGAACAAAGUGAACAAAUCCUCAACGGAAUAAAAACAAAGAAUUUUUCACUGAA